UGAGCUGAUGAAGAUGUUUUCAGCCUGACAACUGCUUUUAUAAGCUGUGAUAUCUGUGGAAGCCCUGAACUGAGACCUCGGCACAGUCCAAGCUGAAACACCGCCAAACAUCAGAAUGUCGUAUGGGUCCAUCGAUGGAGGAUCCUUUGGCAGCCGAAACCCGUUUGGGGGCCCCACCAGGCAGGGCUAUCAGCCAGUAGCCACACAGGUCAGCCCUUCAGAACUACAAGACGUGUUUCAAGAAGCCUCCUCCAAUAUCUUCCAGAUCAACGGCAAUGUUGUCAUCUUGGAGAAAAGUCUUCAGUCUCUGGGUACUUCCAGAGACACAACAGAGCUGCGACAGAACCUACAUUCCACUCAGCAGCAGACCAACAAAGUCAUCACCAGCACAAGUCAUGUCAUCAAACAGCUCUCUGAUAUAAUCAGCGGGUCUUCACGGCAAGAUCGUUUACGUCUGACCAGACUGAAGACUGAACUCUCAGAUUCUGUGCAGCGCUACGGGGAUCUUCAGAAGAAAAUUGCAGAGCGAUCAAGGGCCUUGCUCCCUCCAGCACAGAAAGACAAGAAGAAGAGUCCCCAGAGUCCAUCCAGUGACCCGAACCAAGAGGACCCACUGUUUGCAGAAGCAGCAGGUGCUGAGGAAGGAGUCCAAGCUUUCCUGUCUGAGAUCAGUGAGGAGGAUGUGGAGGUGCUUCGUCAAAGAGAGGAGGCUCUUCUUCAGAUAGAAAGAGACAUGCUGGAUGUCAGUCAAAUAAUGAAGGACCUAGCCAGUAUGGUCCACGAACAAGGAGAAACAAUAGACAGUAUUGAAGACUACAUUCAGACCACAUCAUCUAGCGUGGAAUCGGCCAAUCAGGAGCUUGCCAAGGCCAAUCAGUAUCAGAGGCAGUUGAGGAAAAGAAAGUGUUACCUUCUGUUGGCCGGAGCCUUGAUUCUCGCCAUCCUCAUCCUCAUUAUUGCUGUUUCAGCAAGAAAAUGAAACCUACCUCUUUGGUAGCUGCUGUAAUCACGGUGUCCCAGUCGGAUGCCCGACCCGCUCUGUUGGUUUCCUGUAGAAAACAAACAUCUUUACUCCAUCAUCUCCAGCUCUGCUUAAAUGUGCAUGUCUGCAAGCUUGAGAAUGGAGGCCUUUUAUAGCAUAACUCAAAACUCAUGUAGUCAUGACUUGUGCUUUUUCAGUUUUUUCUUUAGGAAAUUUGACUCCUUUCUGUUUUCAUUGAAUUAUAACCAGAAGUAUCACAAGAGGGGUUUUAGUGAUCACAUCACAGUCAUAGUAAAAAUAAACUAGAAUAUAGGAUACUUUUAUGGUUUUACAUAUCAGGCAUUAAACUUUCUUUACAUCUGACCUCAACAGUUCCCACUGUGUCGAUAUUUAUGAAACUCAAAUGAAGCCAACAAAGAAAAGUUUGACAUUAAAA